UAAGCAAACAAAUGGUUGCAAAAUCCACCCUUCUGAGAAAACUUUAUAGUGUGUGCACGCGACAUUUCAGCUCUGACAACAUGUCGCUAAAGUUUUCAGCAAAUAUUGCUUGCAUGUUCUGCGAGUUGCCAUCCAUGGUUGAGAGAUAUGAUGCUGCAAAAACCGCAGGAUUUAAAUAUGUGGAGAGUGCCUUUCCCUACUUGGAACCAUUGGAAUCUGUUAAGAAUGCCAAAGAAAAAUCGGGUCUCGAGCAAGUUUUGAUUAAUGCAUGGCCUGGUGAUUUAAGUAAAGGUGAUAUUGGAAUAGCUGCUCUUCCAGACAGAGAGGAAGAAUUUGAAAGCAAACUAGACUUGACUAUUGAAUAUGCAAAGGCACUGAAAUGUAAAAGAAUUCAUGUUAUGGCGGGCAUGAAACCAAACAAUUUUGAUGAAACUGAAAUGGAGAAAACUUUUAUAAAGAAUAUAACACUGGCAGCAAAGAGGUUUGAACCAGAGGGAAUAACCUGUUUAAUAGAACCUCUGAACAGUAGAAUUACAGCACCCAGAUACUUCCUUACAGAUAUUAACAAGGCUGUUGAAAUAAUCAAGAAAAUCAACAGACCCAAUUUGAAAUUACAGUUUGAUUUCUUUCAUGUGCAGAUAAUGGAAGGGAACUUAACUAAAACCUUAGAAAAAUAUAUGCCAUAUGUUGGUCAUAUACAGAUUGCUCAAGUUCCAGAUAGGGGAGAGCCAGAUAAGCAUGGAGAAAUCAAUUAUCCCUAUGUGUUUGAAUUACUACAGAAGUUAAAAUAUGAUGGAUAUAUAGGACUUGAAUACAAACCCAGAGGAAACACAGUGGAGGGGUUGAAGUGGCUGAAAGAUUAUGGAAUACAACUUUAAUGAAAUAAAAAUAUAUUAACCAUAGACCAAGGAAGGGAGAGAAUUCCUUGUCCAAUAAACCCAAAACAUACUUGCUAUAAAGACAGUGUGGAAAAACAUCUGAAGAAAUGCAGGAAGCAACAAAAAGAAUUGCCGCCAUAUCACACAGAGGGCAUCAACAAAGAUACUGAUGAAGUAGAGGAUACAGCAAAAGAAACAAAGAUACCACUUAAGGAUUUUUCAACCAGAGAGCUGCAAGAUUUGAUCGAAAAGGUUCACAAGCUUUAUGAUGAGCAUGUAAUCAGUAUUGAUGAAGAAAUCUUGAACCAUCAUUGUCUGGAUGAGGAACUGAGCAAUGAAUCUUAUGGAAUUCCUGCCAUCCGCCACAGAAAACAACAGGCUUCUCUGGUAGGACAGUUACAAAGACUGGACUUGUUACAUGAAGGCCUGUGUUUUGUAGAGCUUGGUGCUGGUAAAGGUAAUUUAUCCCACUGGAUACAGCAAGCCUUACCAGACAAGUCAGAUCUAGGGUUUGUUUUGGUUGAUUACGGUCAUGUGAGAUACAAGGCAGACAACAAGCACAAGUGGCCAGAUACAGGACCCAAGUUUGAACGCCUUCGCAUAAACAUUGCCGACUUAAACCUGGAGAAAGUGGAGAGUAUUUCAGCCAAUCAGAGACCAGUGGUGGCAGUUGGCAAACAUCUGUGUGGAGGUGCAACAGACUUUGCCUUACGUUGUGUUACAAGAACUCUUGAAGUACAAAAAUCUGAGGGAAGGUCUAGUCAACCAGAAGAAAAGAAAUUUAAGUCAGAAAAUUAUGAUAGUCAUCCAAAAUCUUGUCUAGCAGGUGUUACCAUAGCCCUUUGCUGUCAUCACAGAUGUACAUGGGAGUCAUAUGUUGGUAAAGAAUUCAUAAAGAACUGUGGUCUUUCUCAUCGAGAAUUUACCUUACUUUGUAAACUUAGUGGCUGGACAGCUGCAACAUGGGCUGGCUGGAAAACAAAGGAGGAAAUGUACAGAGAAAUUGACAGAGGAAAUUGUAGCAUCAACAAAUACGAAAGUGAAAUCAAGAACACUUCUGAUAAGGUCUUUGAUAGGCAGAAUUCAUCCUCACAGAAGAUAGAUAAAAACACCACUGUUGACCAAUCAAUCAAUUCUAAUGAUUUUAAGGAACAUCAGGACAGGGAGCAGUCAUUUUGCCGGAGUGACCUUCAGUUGUCAGCAAGUCAGAGAGAAGAGGUAGGCAGGAAGUGUAAGAGACUAAUUGACAUUGGUCGAGUACAUUACUUGAGGAACUGUGGUCUACAAAGUCAGCUCAAGACUUACAUAGAAGAAAAGCUUACACCUGAAAAUGUUAUCAUUGUUGCAAAAUCUUAGAGUGAUAUCUAACAAAAAGUUUAUCAUGCA